UGGAAUGUCGGCAUCUUCUAUUCUAUAUUCUGAGAGUUUCUUGUCAACAAAGGCAUACUUUUCCAUGAAACAAAAACCAAUUAGCUUUCUUUUGCUCUUCUCAAUAAUUGGAUACUUCUUCAGACGACUCAAGUUUUAGCAACAAGUGCGUUUUGGAUUGCAGUUUCUGCGCAGUGGAAAAAAUGCAGAUUGUGAAUUCUUCCUCUUCAGUUGCUUCUCCUCCCCGAGAGAAAGCUUCCCACCAUGAUGAUGAACUCUUCAUGCAGCAGAGAGUGCUCUUUUCAGAGAACCUCAAUGAACUGAAGAAUCUGAGGAAAGAGUUGUACUCAGCAGCCGAAUAUUUCGAAAUGUCUUACAGCAAAGAGGACCAACAACAAUUAGUGGUGGAGACUUUGAAAGAUUAUGUGAUGAAGGCAGUUAUCAACACUGUGGAUCACUUAGGUUCAAUGGCAUAUAAGGUCAACGUAUUUUUGGAUGACAAAGUCGAUGAAGUUUCAGAAACUGAGCUCAGGAUGUCUUGCAUUCAACAGCGACUGAGAACGUGCGAAGAUUUCAUCGGUCAAGGGGGCGUCUCCAAACAUUCGCUAGCCAUAAGCUUUCCGAUGCACCACAGGCGAUAUACCUUGCCAGUUGGGGCAGCCAUGGAUGCUGUCGGCCAGUCUGCCUUGGCAUAUCGAAGCCCUGCCGAAUACGAUUUCUUUGAGGUUAAAUCUGCAACGAGGGAUACUUCUCCAAUUGUCAGUGAAAUGUCUUCUGCAUUGCACUCUCCAGAAUCUUCACCCGGAGCAUUUCAGUUCCCAAGAAUUGCAUCCAAACAUGAGAAAAGAACAGUCUCGCCACUCCGGUUUCCACUUCCACGUUGUGGUACUCAUGUGAAGAGAUCAAGCACUCUGAACUCUUCUAGCAGCAAACAGCAGUACUCGUCAGAGCCCUGGACCAGGAGAUCAACUUCAUUAUCUCUUAAUACAGAAAAAUCCAGGACAAGAGACACUGAGCAGCAUUCGGGCAAAAAUAAACGCUUCUAUAAAGCCUUGCUUAGCUUCGGAAAGUCUAGGAAGGACGCCACAUUCUACAAAUAUUUGGAUGAGAAUUGAGAGCACAUAACAGAAGAGAGGUAGAAGCUAGUCCGAAUUUUUGUUUAGUCUUUCCCCCUUGUAUUGCACGUGCUACAAAUUUGUACAUCAUUACAAGGAAAGCGUAAGAACUGCUCAGUUUUCGAGUUUUUUUUAACAUUUCCGCAAGAGAGCAACAGAGUGAAUAAAAUCUUCCAAUUCACAA